ACCUCCCCCCUCAUCAUCGAUAAUCACCGCCCAUUACGUGCGGCUGCAUUGUACGCACUAUACAGAACUCCCUCUCAUCCAGGAACCACACUACUCUCGUCCAAAACGAACAUUCGUGCAGCGAUGCCUCACUCAACUUGCUUUUCGUCCCCCCCUCCGCCAAUCCCCGAGGCGAAGCCGUUGCCGCCGGCUGCUCGCCCGUCUCCAUUGGCUGUACGCCCAUCCCAGAUGGACUUCCCUGCUUCGCUCAAAUCCUCUCCCCGAUCACCAAUCAAACCGCCCCGCGCAGCAUCGCCUCCAAGGAAACGCUUCUUCGUAACGACUCGAGGACACGGCCGAUCCAAGUCUGCGUCCGCGACGAUGACCUUCCCCCCCUCAUACAUCCCAUCGCUCGCCCCACCAUCGCCAACACCCACAAUCCCCCGACGUCGGCGAGAAUACGCCCCCCCGUUACUUCGCUCCACGAGCUUGCCGCUGGUUAUCCCCGAGGGUAAAAUCCAACUGGCACUCACCAUGACUCCACCAACUCCCACAACACCACCCGCAACUCACCGUAGCUCCUUCCUCGUCGGCGUACCGCGGAGUGCAUCGCCAACUCGCGUCUAUGCCAGCUCUCUGACGCCAGCAGGCGCCAGGAACGGCUACUACCCUGGAUCGUCGUUCUCGCCUAGAGCUCCGAGCCCACCGUCGUUCCUCGUGAACGAGAUGAUGUACCCACCGUCCGCUUCGUCGUCGUCGCCAAGCACGCCCACUUCCAUCCGAUCGCGGUCGCCCUCGAUAUCGAGUCUCGAGACGAUACCCGAUUCGCCCGAUGCCGAGCAGGAGGCCGUCGAGGCGGAAUUGAGGGAAGCGAUGGAGCGCAAGGCGGCGAAAUUGGAGAAUGAGGACGAGGACGACGGUAGCCCCAGUCGGCGGCGGCGGAGUGUCGAUUUCGAUCGGGGGCUGCCAAGGUGGGGUGCUGCCGACAAGCGCAAACGGUGGAGUGUCUGCGGAGGCGAGAAGAGGGGCGAUCUGGAUCUGGAGACCAUCUGGGAGGAAGCGCUGAAUUCGGCCGAAGCCAACCAUAACAACAUCAUGGCCCACCGCGACGAAUCUUCCGAUGAAGAUGACGAGCGCGAGGAUGAGGACGAGGAGGAAGACGAGAUCGAUGACAACGAAAACGCUCUCGAAGAUGAAGAAGAAGAGGAGGAAGAAUAGUCGCUUUCUCGUGUCAACACACUCAGACCUCGACCCAUAGGGCUGCUGCCUUUGUCGGAGCGAUCCUUGUCUUCUACACACCCAUUUGAUUCUAUCGAUUAUCUACUUUACGUACCCCGAGCGGGUUGGACGAGGGGGGUCUUUGUUGGCUUGGGUGCUUAGGGUACCAAGUACAC